AUGGAGGACCUGAAAUACCUAUACUUUGCAACAUUCCUCCUGUUAUACCUGAUCACUAUUCUCCUAAACUUUAUUCUUAUUGUAGUGAUUUGUGUUGACAGAGCUCUGCAUGAACCAAUGUAUAUAUUUUUAUGUAACAUGGCAUUUAAUGGAUUGUUUGAGAGCUCAACAUUGUUACCCCCCCUUCUGAGUAAUUUACUCUCCCACUCUCAUGAGGUUUCUUUUGCCUGUUGUCAAGCACAAGUAUUUUCUUUGCAUGUAUCCACUGCUGCUGAAUAUACUAUUUUAACAGUGAUGGGUUAUGACAGGUAUGUUGCCAUUUGCCACCCCCUGCAGUAUCAUAGCAUUAUGUCUUUUUCAAAAGUGUAUGCACUUAUCGCGUUCUCUAGGGUGUAUUCCCUUGUUGGAUUUUCAAUAUUAUUUGCCAUGAGUCUACAAGUAAGGUACUGCAGAAAAAUAGUAGAUGAGUUAUACUGCAUGAACCAUUCACUGGUUAAGCUCUCCUGUACAGACACAUCCACUGUGAACAUUGUUGGAUUAGUUUUCACUGCUGUGUUCAUUUUUCCACAGGUAAUACUGAUCCUUUACUCAUAUGCACAUAUUCUCAGAGUCUGCUUACGGUCUUCCAAAGAAUCACGAAUGAAAGCACUGAAAACAUGUACUCCCCACCUAUUAACAAUGAUGAAUUAUUCUUUUGGAUGCUUAUUUCAGUUGUCUCAAAGUAGGUUCAACAUGAGUCAUGUUAAUUACAGAUUUCGCAGAUUUAUGUCACUCUACUAUUUGAUAAUUCCUCCCUUGAUACAUCCGGCAAUCUAUGGAAUAUGCAUUCAAGCUAUCAGAGUUCAGGUUUUUAAACUGUUCACCUGGAAAAAUGUAAUCACUAAUGUCAUAGAAUUGAAAAGUUAA